AUUCAAUUUGGGGUGCUUUCACCACAGAAUAUGGUCAAGAUAUCCGAAUUUGAAAUUACUCAACGGGAUCUCUAUCAACAUGAAAGUCGUGUACCUGUCAAAGGAGGUGUUCUCGAUGCCAGACUUGGUACUUCGGUUAAAUCAGCCAUGUGUGAAACUUGUGGUAACAAUAUGCAAGAUUGUGCUGGUCAUUGGGGUUAUCUCAAGUUGGUGCUCCCUAUUUUCCAUGCUGGUUAUUUUAGAGCUACCAUUAACAUUCUACAAGAUAUUUGCAAGACAUGUAGUCGUGUUAUGCUGGAAGAACCUGAUCGACGAACUUAUCUGAAACGAUUACGCUCACCUGGAUUAGACAAUCAUCAACGAAAUCGUAUUAUCAAGGCUGUCAAUGACAAGUGCAAAAAAGUGACUUAUUGUCCUCACUGUAAGGCAGUCAAUGGUGUUGUAAAGAAAGUGGGUCCAUUAAAAAUCACUCAUGAUAAGUACCGAUUGAAACGCGUGGCUGCUGAAGCUGAAGAAUUUCGAAAAUCUUUUGAUACUGCUGCCGCCACCAUGCCAGAACUCAAACCUCAUAUCAGUAAAGCACAAGAUGAUUUGAAUCCACUUCGUGUACUUCGAUUAUUCCAACGUAUUUCUCCAGAAGAUUGUGAACUUUUAGGUCUCAGUGAAGAACAUGGUCGACCAGAAUGGUAUAUUUGGCAAUAUAUCCCUGUCCCUCCCUGUUGUAUUCGACCUUCAGUGAUGCAAGACGAUAAUAGCAGUAAUGAAGAUGAUCUUACGGCUAAAUUGACAGAAAUCAUUUUUACAAAUGCGAUUAUUCGUGCUGGCUUGGAACGAGGAGUGACAGUGAUGAAUUUGAUGGAACAAUGGGAAUUUUUACAACUGGCUGCUGCUUUAUAUAUCAACAGUGAAUUGGCAGGUGUACCUCAACAAGCAACAGGCAAACCUGGUCGUGGUUUAUGUCAACGUCUCAAAGGGAAACAAGGUCGCUUCCGUGGUAAUUUAUCUGGUAAACGUGUGGAUUUCUCUGGUCGUACUGUCAUUUCUCCAGAUCCGAACAUGCGUAUCGAUCAAGUAGCUGUACCUGAACGUGUGGCCAAGGUAUUGACAUUUCCUGAACGGGUCAAUCGACAUAACAUUGAAAAAUUACGACAAAACAUUCGAAAUGGUCCUUUGGUGCAUCCUGGUGCCAACUAUGUGGAAUUUGCUGAUGGUUUCAAAAAGUUUUUAAAAUAUGGUAACAGAGACAAGAUUGCGGAUGAACUGAAAAUUGGUGAUUUGGUGGAACGUCAUUUAUCCGAUAAUGAUGUGGUGCUCUUCAAUCGUCAACCUUCUCUACAUCGUCUGUCUAUCAUGGCACAUUUUGCAAAGGUCAUGCCCUGGCGUACUUUCCGAUUCAAUGAAUGUGUUUGUUCUCCUUAUAAUGCCGAUUUUGAUGGUGAUGAAAUGAAUAUGCAUUUACCUCAAACACAAGAAGCAAAAGCCGAAGCCAUUGAACUUAUGGGGGUCAAGAACAAUUUGGUGACACCUCGUAACGGUGAACCUUUGAUUGCUGCGACUCAAGAUUUCAUUACUGCUGCCUAUUUACUUUCAUUCAAGGAUACUUUUUAUACCCGUGCCAUGUUCACACAAGUUUGCUCUAUGAUGUGUGAUGCUGACCUCAAAAUUGAUAUCCCUCCUCCAGCUGUUUGGAAGCCUCAGCGACUUUGGACCGGGAAGCAAGUAUUCAAUGUUCUUUUUAGACCCAACAAAGGCAGCAAAGUACAAGUCAAUUUGGAAGCAAAAACCAAAUCUUAUGUUAAAGAAGAAGGUCGUACUCCUGAUCUUUGUCCAAAUGAUGGUUGGUUAGUGGUGCAAAAUAGUGAAAUUAUGUGUGGUCUGGUUGAUAAAGCCGUUGUUGGGGAUGGUAACAAAAAUUCUGUAUUUUACGUUAUCCUACGUGAUUAUGGACCCAUAGAAACCGCAAAAUGCAUGAACAGAUUGGCUAAACUCUGUGCACGCUGGCUUGCCAACCAAGGAUUCUCUAUUGGUAUUAGUGAUGUGACACCUGGAAAACGAUUACGUGAAAUUAAGGAUCAAUCUGUCAAAAAGGCGUAUGAUGAGUGUGAUGAUGUUAUUGCACAAUACAAGGCUGGUAAAUUGGAAACCAUGGCUGGUUGUAAUGAAGAACAAACUAUGGAGUCUAUUGUAUCUGGUAUUCUCUCUGCUGUUCGUGGUGACCUUGGUAAGGUCUGUAUGACUGAAUUAAAUAUGUACAAUUCUCCCAGUAUCAUGGCCCGGUGUGGUUCCAAAGGGUCUCAAAUCAAUGUGUCUCAAAUGGUUGCUUGUGUUGGUCAACAAAUUAUUAGUGGUACUCGUAUUCCCGAUGGUUUCCAAGAUCGGUCUUUGCCUCACUUUUUGAAACACUCCAAAAGCCCACCUGCCAAAGGUUUCGUUCGAAAUAGUUUCUAUACAGGUCUUAGUCCCACGGAAUUUCUUUUCCACGCUGUGUCUGGUCGUGAAGGUUUGGUGGAUACAGCUGUCAAAACGGCUGAAACUGGUUACAUGGCUCGUCGUUUGAUGAAGGGUUUCGAAGAUUUAACAACACAUUACGAUUUAUCUGUUCGAAAUUCUGAAGGUGCCAUGCUUCAAUUCUGUUAUGGUGCUGAUGGACUGGAUCCUAUGACAAUUGAAGGGGAUGGUAUUCCUGUUGAAUAUGAUCGUAAUCUGAAGCAUAUCAAGGUGAUACAACCUGCUGAUCCUGAAGAAACUGGUCUCUUACCUUGGCAGAUCAUCCGAAUUACUGAAAUGGAAAUCACGAGCAGACUUUGGACUGAAAACUGUAUGCCUUCAUUUAUUGAAAGUACUCGAAAUUAUGUUACCGACAAGAUUGCUGGCAAGUUGGCAAAGAUUCGAAAGUCAUAUGGAUUAUUACCUGGCUUGUCUAUUCCUGAUGAAGAUUAUAUGGAUAUGGAUAUUGAUGAAGAUGACGUGAAAAAGGCACUUCGAAAUCUAUUCUUGAUUACGGAACGACAGUUACGUGCAUACUUGGGUGUUUGUAUUUCAAAAUAUCUCAAGGCCAAGAUCGAACCUGGAACUGCUGUUGGUGCUAUUGGUGCUCAGUCUAUUGGUGAACCUGGUACGCAAAUGACUCUCAAAACUUUCCAUUUUGCUGGUGUUGCUAGUAUGAAUAUUACUCUUGGUGUACCCCGUAUCAAGGAAAUUAUUAAUGCUGCCAAGUUGAUCUCUACACCCAUUAUUGCCUGCGAAUUGCAUGAAGACAAGGAUAUUCGAGCUGCUCGUGUAGUGAAAGGACGAUUGGAGAAGACCACAUUAGGUGAUGUGGCUAUGUAUAUGGAUGAAGUAUAUGAAGCAAAUGAAACAUAUAUUUUGAUUCGUAUUGAUUUGGAUGCUAUCAACAAAUUACAGUUGGAAAUCAAUAUUUAUAGCAUCGCUAAUGCAAUUCAAACUGCACCAAAGAUGGGUCAAUUGGAUGUCCAAACAAGUCGACCUGACAUCAUUCGUGUGUAUGUCCAUGCAAAACAAGAUGAAUCUGUCUAUUACAAUCUCAAAGCAUUAAAACGUGUAUUGCCGUCUGUCAUUAUUACGGGUUAUCCUUCUGUCGUACGCGCAGUGAUCACUGAAAAGAAGGGUGGAGGAGGAUCAAAACAAUUAUUCGUGGAAGGCUAUGGAUUACUCAAGGUCAUGACAACAGAGGGUAUUAUUGGCGAAAAAACUACUUCAAAUAACAUUAUGGAAGUCUGUCAAGUUCUUGGUAUUGAAGCUGCAAGAAAUACCAUCAUUAACGAAAUUGGAGAAAUUAUGGAAAGUCACGGUAUGACUAUUGAUCAUCGACACGUUUUACUACUUGGUGACUUGAUGACAAACAAGGGCGAAGUGCUUGGUAUCACUCGAUUUGGUAUUGCCAAGAUGAAAGAUAGUGUGCUCAGUAUUGCCUCCUUUGAAAAGACAACGGAUCACUUGUUUGAAGCUGCUUUAUAUAGUAAAAAAGAUGCCAUCAUUGGGGUCUCUGAACAGAUCAUCAUG